UGAUUGGCCGCGGGGGACGCGGUCCCGGGGAGAGGCAGCCAAUAGACGACGCCGGCCGCCGGCGCGGGGGUGGGGGCGGCGGCCGGAGGCCCGGGGCUGCACCGGCCCCAGCCGCUGCCGCCCCAGCCGCCGCCGCUGGUCCGCAGAGCUGGAGCCGACAUUAUGCACCAAGAGGAGUGAACUCUUCCCCCCAUUUCCACAAUGGCGGACUCGGGCAAGACCUUCAGCUCUGAGGAGGAAGAGGCCAACUAUUGGAAAGACCUGGCUAUGACCUACAAGCAGAGGGCAGAGAACACCCAAGAGGAGCUCCGGGAAUUCCAGGAGGAAAGCCGGGAAUACGAGGCAGAACUGGAGACCCAGCUGCAACAAACUGAGAGCAAAAACAGGGACCUGUUGAUGGAAAACAACCACCUUCGCAUGGAGCUGGAGACCAUCAAGGAGAAGUUUAAAACACAGCAUUCUGAAGGCUACCGGCAGAUCUCAGCCUUAGAGGAUGACCUUGCCCAGACAAAAGCCAUAAAAGAUAAACUGCAGAAGUACAUCAGAGAGCUGGAGCAAGCCAACGAUGACCUGGAAAGAGCCAAACGGGCCACGAUCAUGUCACUGGAGGACUUUGAACAGCGUUUGAAUCAAGCCAUAGAAAGAAACGCCUUCCUGGAGAGUGAACUGGAUGAGAAGGAGAAUCUCCUCGAAUCUGUUCAGCGACUAAAGGAUGAAGCCAGAGACUUGCGGCAGGAAUUGGCUGUGCAGCAAAAGCAGGAGAAACCCAGGACGCCCAUGCCCAGCUCGGUGGACGCUGAGAGGACAGACACAGCGGUGCAGGCCACUGGCUCCGUGCCGUCCACCCCCAUAGCUCAUCGAGGACCCAGCUCGAGUUUAAACACUCCUGGGACCUUCAGACGUGGCCUGGACGACUCCACUGGGGGGACCCCCCUCACGCCCGCAGCCCGGAUAUCAGCCCUCAACAUCGUGGGAGACCUGCUGCGGAAAGUGGGGGCCCUGGAGUCCAAACUUGCUUCCUGCCGGAACUUCGUGUACGAUCAGUCCCCAGGCCGAGCCAGUGGCCCAGCCUCGGGGCGGGGGAGCAAAAACAGAGACGGCGUGGACAGGCGGCCCGGCGGCAGCAACGUGCCUCUCGGCGACAAAGGGUUGGGAAAACGCCUGGAGUUUGGGAAGCCGUCGUCGAAUGUUUCCUCACCGUCGCUGCCGUCAGCCCAGGGUGUAGUCAAGAUGUUGCUUUAGGAAAGCCACGGAAGCCGAGGCGAGCCCUUCCCCUCCUUCCCUCCUUAAACUAGGUUUUGGGUGUUUUGGGGUUUUUUUUUAAGUUAGUUUGAGAAAUACGAGCAAGCAGUCACACAAAGCCAAGUGACCAAGGCCAUCGCCGGUGGCCCUGGGUCGUUGGCUGCAGGAAAUGCAGUCCCUUAACCCCCAGCCUCCGUGUUGGUGUGUACAGCCGGGGGAUGGGACCAACCUGACCCUCUGGAAAGGGCGACGUGGGUGCCAAGGCCACCCUAUCCUUGUCAGCUGAGCUGAGUCCCAGUUGGUCUUGAGAGGUGUUUUUAAUGACUGGAGACACCUGUGAAGUGGAGCCUGAGCCCAUCCUAGGCGCACCCUGCCCCACAGCUGGUGCUUCUUCCAGAACAAAAUCUCCAGUGCGCCAUGGCAUGACAGGGGUCUGUGCCCUGAAAUCACGCCUGGGGUGAAGAAUAGAACAGGCACGUACCUUUUAUUUAAACUGUGGUGUGGUGUACCUCCAAGACCUUUUUUUUCCCCCAAAGUGGAGUAUAAUUGCUUUACAGUGUUGUUUAGUUUCUGCUGUACAGCAGAGUGAAUCAGCGAUGUGUAUACAUGUAUCCCACCCCUCUAAGUCGUCACAGAGCACCGAGCUGAGCUCCCUGGGCUAUACAGCAGCUUCCCACUGGCUGUUUUAUACACAUGUGCCUCCAAGACUUUUUAAUCUGCCUGUUGCUGAGGCUUUUAGAGGCAUGCUUGAGUUUCAGUGUGAAUUUUGUGGGGACCAGGUCAGUGGAAAAUCUGUGUCCUCUUUAGACCUAUCCUUGUCCUGAGCCUCCCACCCUGGUCUGGGAGUGACCUCUGCUUCUGAGGGUUUCUGGGGGGUGAUGGCCUUAGCGAUGCAGCCCCUGAGAACAGGACUUCAUUCAAAGCCUUGAUGAAAUAAUCAAGGUGACCUUCAGAUAAGAUGAAGCCACCAGGGUUGCAUUGGGAGCAUCCUUAUUAAAGAAGAAAUGAACCCAGGAUUUCCAUGCAGACAGCAUGUGGCUCCUCCCUGCUGGUUUGGAACAGCCGCCUCACACUUUGGACACAAGUAAAAAGAACAUGGGAAUUCAGGCAUAUGCAUGCAGCCUAACAGCCUUCUGUUACUAAGUUAUUUUUCCAAAAGAACAGCAAAAAUAUCCAGUUGAAAACAGAACUUUUCAAGUGCUACUGAAAUUCAGCAGAGAAUUAAACUCCAGUGCUCACCUCAUUACCAUGGCAACACUCUAACCUGUAUCGGUAAAAGAUGUACUUUUAUUUUUUUAAAAGAACAAUAAAAUCAAGAGAAACUGAUUUUCA